CUCCCCUUCAUUCGCCGGAAUCCGACCAAUAGGCGGCUACGCGUCUGUGGUAGUGCGGCGUCGCCUCGACUCGGUUCGCGCAGUCACAACUCGUUCGACCGUCGAACUGAACGCUUCCGCUUUGUGGAAAACGGGAAUACAAACGUGUCGAAGUUGACGUGCGCGCCUUUUCAUCGUUUUGCUGUUAUCAUUCGUGAAGAUCUUUUGUUCGUAGUUUUCGAAUCGGGACGGUGCACGUGUUUACCGGAAUUUGCGCAACAUCUCAGUUCACGGUGGACGGUGUUCUCCCGCGGAAACAAGAACCAUGCGAUUUUCCUGGAUGUUCGUCGCCACGGUGCUGCUAGUUCUAGUCACCGAGGCGAGGUGUAAGCGAAAAUUUGACGGGGAUUUCGAGUUUGCUGAAGAGGAUGACACGCGCAUAAUGAAAGUGGGCGAUAAGAAGAAAUGGAUACACGACCCAAAUAGUGAACUUUGCCGUCCAUUGAAUUGCAAGAAGAAGGAUUUGUGUCUCCUUAAGGAUACAUUCACCGCUGUUUGUGUUUCCAAGAAGGAACUCGAAAAAUCAGGGUAAGUGGCUUAUAUUAAGACAC